ACUUUCCUUUUUAAUCCACACGGAGUGCGUGCGUUGUGUUUCUCUUCCUCUUCUCUUCGAAUACGAACUCCGUUGCAAACCGCCAUUGUUGCUCGCUUUCCUUCCCUGCUGUUCUUCUUAAACCCGAACUUCCAAUCCAACUACACUUUAAUUUCCAGUUCAGCAGCAGCAUCACCGUCUUAUUUGUGGCUUCAGAUCGUACAAGGAAUUUACUGUUGGAAUUCCAUCUGAUUCCGAGAUGCGGCCAUGCAUAUCAAAAAUCAUCGGACAGCGUUCGAGUUUCAGAAAUUUCGUCUCCCUAGCCAACAGUGCAAUUACAGAUCAUUUUCCUUGUAAAGGCAGUGAAGACCGAGAUUUCAUUGGGGGCAAGAUUCCUGGUCCCUUGUCGAAGUCAUAUGUGACUUCAGUUGCCACACAUGCAAUUGAUUCCCCAAAAGAUAAUUCAGUUUCUGAUAUUCUGGUCGAUUCGUUUGGAAGAAAACAUACUUACUUAAGAAUCUCUUUGACUGAGCGCUGCAAUUUACGAUGCCAUUACUGUAUGCCUGCUGAAGGUGUAGAGCUUACUCCGAGUCCCCAACUUCUCUCACAAGAUGAGAUUGUUCGCUUGGCUAAUCUGUUUGUCAGCUCUGGGGUUAAUAAAAUUCGUUUGACUGGUGGGGAGCCCAUGGUCAGAAAGGAUAUUGAAGAGAUUUGCUCACGCUUGACAAAUUUAAGUGGAUUAAAGACACUUGCUAUGACCACCAAUGGAAUUACUCUGGCAAAUAAGCUUCAGAGAUUGAAAGAAUGUGGGCUUGAUUUGCUCAACAUAAGUUUGGACACACUUGUUGCACCCAAGUUUGAAUUUAUGACUAGGCGGAGAGGGCAUGAACGAGUAAUGAAAUCCAUUGAUGCAGCUGUGGAGAUGGGAUAUAAUCCUGUCAAAAUAAAUUGUGUUGUGAUGCGAGGAUUUAAUGAUGAUGAAAUAUGUGAUUUUGUUGAUCUGACUCGGGAGAAGCCAAUCAAUGUGCGAUUUAUCGAGUUCAUGCCAUUCGAUGGAAAUGUCUGGAAUGUGAAAAAACUCGUGCCUUAUGCCGAAAUGUUGGAUAUUGUGGCGAAAGACUUUACAGGACUUGAAAGAAUUCAGGACCACCCUACAGAGACAGCUAAGAAUUUCAGGAUAGAUGGACAUCAGGGUACUGUUUCAUUCAUCACAUCAAUGACUAAGAAUUUUUGCGCUGGCUGUAAUAGAUUGAGGCUUCUGGCUGAUGGGAACUUUAAAGUUUGUCUCUUCGGCCCCUCUGAGGUUAGCUUGCGGGAUCCUCUGCGUAAUGGUGCUGAUGAUAACGAACUCAAGGAGAUCAUUGGAGCCGCUGUCAAAAGGAAGAAACAAGCUCAUGCUGGGAUGUUUGACAUUGCAAAGACGCCAAACCGGCCGAUGAUUCAUAUUGGCGGCUAGCAACUGACCGGGUGUCCCAUCACUCCUUGUAUAUCAAUAUACUGCAGGUCCUUUGAGCUUCCACCCCUACUGCAUUUUUACCAUACAAAUUUGGUAUUGAUUUCAGCAUCAGCUGUCCCAAUAUCUCAAUUAUCUUAUUAUUUUAUUUACUUUUUCUCUUGGAGCAUAGCCAUUCCAAUCUGUUCAUUUGGUUAAUACUUAUCUUGUCACACCCACAGGCACCAGACCAGAGAAGUAACUGAGGGGUGUUGUGUUUGUAUUAAUUAUAUCAGGGUGGUGCGUCUAACAACCUUUUGGCUCUACUAAACUCCACUAUCAUGUCAUGUCAUGGUUGUCUUUUGGACAAUAAAUUAACUCCAUUGAGAUCAUCGAUACUGAGUUCUGUUAUGUAGCAAUAAAAUUAAUUGGAGUUUAUAUCUGGUACUUCAUUUUACUGGGUUUAUCAUUUGCCAUUCCGAUUCACAAAUCUAUGAAAUGAUUACUGUUAUAACUAGCUAAAGAAUGUUGCCAUGCUUUUAGAAAGUGUAAAAUUUCUUUCUGCAUGUGAUUCUUGGGUAGCUCCUUCUUGGAAUUACAUAAAUUAGAAGCUUGUUAGCUGUAUUUCUUCUUGAAGGUGUAUUUCAGGUCAUCCUCAUUAGAGGUUAGAGAGCUACAUUUGUAGGUUUACAUCUCCUUGCAGCAAUAAAGAAUGCCUGGAAAGAGAUCAAAUGAGGCUGUGGGUAUUUAUUUGUUUAUUUCCCUAUGGUUGCUUAUAUUUCAGAUAGCAAUGACAUUGUCUCCCUUGCCAGUGAGUACAAUGUCAAGUAGCUGUCUUUAUAAGAUUCCAUUACCCCUGAACUUAUUAACCAGCAGCUUCCCUUUUUUCUAGCCAUUUUCGACAAAUGGAUCCCCUUUCCAUUCCCAUCACCAAAGAGUAGGAGAAUUAGGAUGUAUUGAGUAUUCUAGACUUCUAAUCCCUUCAGUUUUUUCUUACUUGAACUUUGAAUAUUACUUAUGAUUUGUUUUAUAGCUUUGAUCCAUACAUCUUCCAAUUUCCCAAUGUUUUUAUCCCUUGUGUUUUUAGUGUGUGUCAGAAAAUUUUAAUCUUUUUCAUCCAGUUGCCUCAGCAUAUUCCGCACGAUGCUAUAUGUUCCUGAGUCUCAUAUCCAAAUGGAUAACCGCUAGCUGGGCUGCUACUGGAGAAUGCCGGGGCAAUUGGAUGCAUUUGUAACAAAAAAUGAGUACAUUUCAGUUGAUGAUUAGGAGCACGUAGUUGAGGAUGACAGUCGUCACCUGUGGACAACAUUGAUGAACAAUGACUUCCCUUUCUUUGUGGGAAGCCAUAUUUCGAUGUGGUUUUCGCGAAAUCACAUGCCAGAACAUCCUUACAUCAUGAAACUCCUGGGUGCGCAAUCUUUCCUCGCACCAGAGUGCCAGCAGUUCUCAGAUCCCAGGGCAAGAAUCGGGAUCCAGGCUAUAUUAGAAACAGCUCUUGCCCGACGCUACAUUGCCAGGUGGUGGGAGUUUGUGAACAAUAACCAUUUGGCCAUCGGAGAUGCAUUUUUAUGCGGGUGAGUUA